AUGAAGUUGAAAGAUUUGCGUAAAAAUCCAUUGAGCCGUAAAAAGCCACCACAGGAUGACGAAGAUGUAGAAAUUAAAGAAGAAUCUGGUGAAAGUGCGAGCAAAAAAAAGAAGGUUAGAUUCCCAUCAGACACUAAUUUCAAUCACAUAAAAUGCAAAGCCGUCAGGCAGAUGAAGGUCCAGAAGAUGCUAAAGGAGAAGGUCAAGGAGAAAAAAGCUGCAAAGAAAAAGCGGAUCCAAGAGGGAGCUCCAAAAGGUGUCACUCAUACUAUUGAAAGUUUGAGAGAAAAAGAUGAGACUAUGAUCAGUGGAGACCUGGAUGAUGAGGAAAACGCUGAGCUGAAAGCCGAACUGAUGAACGAUGAGUUCGCUGAUUAUUAUAAAAAAGACUACGAGCCAAAAGUUCUGAUAACUUACUGCGAUAAUCCCACCAGGAAGACAAGGAUCUUCGGCAGGGAACUUACACGGAUUAUUCCAAACUCAAUUUCUCUUUAUCGAAACCGCUCUGGUGUUAAAAAAAUGGUAAAGUCUGCUACUGCUAGAGGAUUCACUGACAUUAUUGUCAUUAAUGAGAAUCAAUGCAAGCCAAAUGGUAUGCUGGUCGUACACUUACCAGAUGGUCCAACGGCUUUGUUCAAGCUCAGCAAUGUCAAGAUAACGCCUGAGUUAAAACGGAGUCAUAAAGAAAUUUCAGACCACAGGCCAGAAGUUAUAUUAAAUAAUUUUUCCACGAGACUAGGUCACACUAUUGGACGCAUGUUGGGUGCUCUGUUUCACUAUCAACCUGAAUUCAAAGGUCGCAGAGCUGUCACGUUCCACAACCAGCGUGAUUACAUAUUUUUCAGACAUCACAGGUAUGAAUUUGAUUUAGAAAAAGGCAAAGCAAAAUUACGUGAGCUAGGUCCAAGAUUUACUUUAAAAUUGCGCUCGCUUCAGCACGGUACUUUUGACAGCAAAUAUGGAGAGUAUGAAUGGAUCAUCCAAGGCCGUCGUCAUGCGAUGGAAACAAGCAGAAGAAAAUUCUUCUUGUAG